GUGCAGUGCUGGUAGCAGUGUGCAUUUCUUUAUCUAGCCAAAAGGCUGGGUUUCAAAAUUUUAUGGUAAAAAUUUUAGCCCUUAGUUACUGAACAGGAGACAUACUGGGACUGGCCAUUUCAUAAUUCUUUGAUUUUUUAGGCUGGGCUAAAUUUUCUCCUUCAAACUUGUGGUCUUAGUUACUGUGGCUUGGUGUGGAUUUCCACCCCAGUUGGUGUGGGCUGAUGCAGCUUCACUAGGUACCUUUGCUGGUGUGGCUUUGGCUUGGGGACUUUGCUUUGGCUUCUUGUUGGCUGGUUAAUGCUGAAGACUGGUAUGAGUCUGUGACUGGCUUCAGCCUCUUUGGAGUUUGGUUAGUUAUUUUCAGUGUCCCAAAAUUAUAUUUUGGUUUGGGUGUCAGAGGGGAAUAUUUGUCACUACAAAAAGGGCUGAGAGUGUAAAAUUGCCAGUCAGAAAGGCACAAAAAGAGCGAAAACAGAGAUCAACAAUUUUAUUUGUGAAUUUUGUAGGAUGUGGGAGCUGCUUUACCUAUGCGAUUAUUGAAUCGAAUAUGGAGUUACCACCCAAACUGGCAAAUUUGGGACACUGAGUUGGCUGGAGUUUGGUUAGUUUGAUUAGUUAGUCUGAUUUACACACAAAAGCUACCAAAACUUUUUAGAUUUGAUUUGCACACAGACCUACACCACAAAGAAAUACCCUGUGCAAGAUGGCCACCAACGAUCCGUCCGAGGACGAGCUGUCCAUCCCGCGCGCCUCCAUGAACAAGAUGAUCAAGGAGGUGCUGCCGCGCAUCCGCGUGGCCAACGAGUCGCGCGAGCUGAUCCUCAACUGCUGCAAGGAGUUCAUCCUGCUGGUCUCCUCCGAGGCCAACGCCGUCUGCAACGAGCAGAACCGGCGCACCAUCAACCCGGACCACGUGCUCACCGGACUGGACAAGCUCGGCUUCUCCGACUACCGCCAGGCGGUGGAGGAGGUGGCGCGCCAGUGUAAGGACAUCACCGCCAAGCGGCGCCGUCAGAGCACGCGCCUGGAGAACCUCGGUAUACCCGAGGAGGAGCUGCUCCGCCAGCAGCAGGAGCUGUUCGCGCGCGCCAGACACGAACAGAUGCUGGCCGACCAGCAGCACCUGCAGCAGAUCAGUCAGUUGCAGACAGACGCGGAGAUGCACGCGGCGAUGCGCUCGGCCAUGGUCCACUCGAGCGACGAAGACGACGAUUACUCGUGAUGAGGCCGACCUCUGGCCGGCGACCGGCCCGACACGGGCCGCGGCUGACGGUGUGCCCGGCCGGCCGGCCACGCUCGGGACCCACCGACCACCACAUAUCACUCUGGCCGGCUGCCGCGGGUCCCGCGAUCUCAGCACGGCCCGUUACACUCGACACGCGCCCCAGAGCCGGCCCCGCCGCGCCGGUGGCCCCAGGGAGCUUUACGGCCGUCGGCGCGGUGUCGCCGCCCGCCGACGGCCCCUGGACGGACGAGCUGCGGCGCCGGCGAGGUUCGUCGCGGGAUGAUUCAACACGCGCGGGUAGAGCACAGUCGGUGGACGACGCGGGGUCCGCCGCGCGCGCUACGGGGUGGGAGGGAGGGGGGGGGGAAGUCUGCUGUGAUCGACGCUAGCGGCUCGUAUGUGCAGUUUGUACUUGUGCUGCGCGUGUUUGUAUAGGGUGUGUGCUGGUGAGGCUCGGUUGUGUCGCAUAGCGUGUGGGGACUCGGCGUGGUCUUUCUGUACGCAUUUCUCGACGAUUGCCCAUCGCUGCUCAAUGUGAUGAACCACUCAUCCGAAUGGCACUAUUUUUCACUGAGGCGGCCGCGCGGUUGCCUGCCGUAAUUCUGACGCUGGUGGCGCCGUCCAGCCUGUGUGGACCAGCGGUGUGUGUCCGUGAGAGGCAGAGCUGCGUCCGCCGCCGGCAGCGGGGCGCGGACCGGCGCCGACACUCCGGCCCCUGCCGAGCCACCGCACAUUGUGAUUGUCGUGCCGCGUACCUCGAAAGUUUGUGAUCCAGGUGCCACGUACGUUGUAAGUACUUGGAGGUUUUGCAAUAAAUGCCAGCGCACGUGAGUGUGCUUCCACAA